UGCAAUCAAUGGUCUGAUAACAUUACGUGUUAUUUAAAGUGCUUUUCAAGUGCAUAUGUGAAAUAAGACGUGAAAUUAUACAAGUUCUGAUGAAGAAAUAAGGCUUUUUAAUCGCCAUUUUAUCGAAAACCGGCCCCUGACCGUGUGACGCCGCCGGAAACAGUUGUUGCCAUUUACAUCCAGUAGGACGCAGAUAUGGAUCAAGAAGUAAUCAACGCGUUUAAAGAAAACAUCUCGUUAUUAGAGUUUGCACUGAAGGACUGAGACUCGAUGAUUGGCUGUUAAUUAAGUCUUUGAAGAUGUUAUCCAACCCUCUGGCCGACCCUAGUGAAACACGGCAGGUUGCUUCAACCGGCCCCUGCCCACAGUCUGCACUCUACCAAGACCUGUUGGUGAUGGCCUACAGAGGAACCACAAAAGAAGAGAUUGGGAAGGAAGAUAAAAUGAUGUGUUCAGUUCAGGAACCUCAGACAUCAAGUUUUGUUUUGCUGGACACUGAUAAACAGCUGAACCAGACUUCUUCAGAGCUGAAUGGUGAUUUGGGAAGCAACACUAAUUUUAAAGCUGGCACAGAUGAAGGGGACAGGUUCCAAGCCACAGAAUGGAAACCGCCGCUGACCACGUCCGCUUUGCCUCCUGAACAUCCAAAAGGAGAGCAACUGGGUUCUCUGGAGCGCUUUCUUGUGGCCCAUCAAACUGAAAUGAAGCGCUUACUGACAGGCACACUUGGUGUCCUGAGCCAGCGGCUUGAGGCAGUCGAGCAAAGGAUUGAGCAACUGCAUGUCCAGGGCACUGCACAUGGAAAAAGUCUCGCCCUGCUUCACAGUGAAGUGAGCCUCCUGGGACGAAACAUGACUGCUGCCUGUUCAAGCACGUUGGCUGCUCCGAGUAUUCCCCCUUCCAACACUUAUGAUAAGCACUCCGUUGAGGAAAAGGAAGAUGAUGUAUCCAAGAUAUCCUCUCAGGGAUCAGUUAGUCAUGGAAACGCUGUGUGCCAACCAUGGAUUGAUUCAGGGACUGCAAUUGAUUUGUCUGCACAUAACUCUGAUUGUAAUCAUGACAUUGAGGUCUUGGACCCACCUGCGCUUAAUGGAGGCUCAUCUGGACAGGUGAAAACAGCUCUUGGAGCUGGUAACGACUUACAGGUUUUGGCUUUUGAAGACUUCAACAUGGAGCCGGACGUGUUGCUCAGUAAAUUGGACCAAAACGACAGCCAAAAUGAGCCAACUUGUUAUCCGAAGCGCCAGUCUUCUGAGAGCUUGGAUGCAGGCAUUCAGUGUCACUCUACUGAUCAGUGUUUACAUGAAUCAGCACAACUUAUGGUGCCUUCUUUCAGUAGUGAAGUUCUUAAAAGUUUAGUGGAGAGAAGCUUAUGCAAGAAUCUAGUGAAUGGUCCUAGUAGUGUAAGUUCAGAUGUAAAAAAUUGCAAAUCGGAAGCAAUGUCGGUCCUGUUGAGACAUCCCCUACCAGACUUGAUGGCAGGUAUGUCCCACUUGGUCGGCUGGUCUAGUACUGCCGACAAACCUGAAGCUUGUAGUGCUCCCUUGAUCAUGACUCUGUCCACAAAGGAUCUUGGAACAAUAACCAAAAAAGAUGAGCAGCCAUUUUCUGAAGUUGUGUCUGUUCCUACCUUGGUCAAGGUCUCAUUCCUCUCAAAGAUCAUGCCAGGUUCAUGCAAGGCUUUACCUUUAGGAGAUGCUUCCGGUCCAGUUGAUGAUGAGGGGACAAAUCAAUGUGGUAAGGGGAAAUGGUUAAAGGUUAUAGGUUCUCAGUCUUACUCAAGGAAUGGAGCAUUGGCCUGUGUAAGGAUAAAAUCUUACCCAUAUUCCCAUCGCCCAUUAGUCACCUCAGUGGUGCUACCUUUGGACACUUACAAGGCUUGCCUUUCAGCUAUGGGAUUCCUUUUGCCCGGGACUGACUCAAAAGUGUCAAGUUCCAAGAAUGGGCUGUCAAAACUGCUUCAUACAGGAAUACAGUCUCGCCAUAGUAUGAGCAAUCUUCUAAAUCACCUGGAAGCCAUUGCCUGCCGCUUGAUUCCUAAUAGACCGUCCAUCAAAAAUGCCCUACCUCUCGUGAGAUACCACAGAAUUGUGCCUAAACUCAAACACCACAAUCAUAAAGGCAGUUCCUUCUCUCAAUGGCCUCAACUGAACACCAGUCAAGUGUUCCAUCUGCCCCUUCCAAAACUAAAAACGGACACUUGGGGGCCUGUUGUGAGACAUGAAAACAGUGUUCUCCCACUUUAUUCAAAGCAAAGUGGAGACUUGGCCCCCCAUACCCCACCACAACCUAUGACACAACCUUUUCAGACUCCCAGAAAUGUCCCCAUGUCUACUGUGAGAGAAGGAAGCUUUGCGGGGACAGGCCUGAGCACAGUGUUGGCCAUGCCCUCUCUGGCCUCUUUCAGACUACGGUUGCGCCACAUCCACCCCUCCUUUUCCUUGCCCACCAGGUCGUCAUCUUUGGUCAGUACUGCGAAGAAGCAGGUUAUAGCUCAGACCAAGGGUUCUCCUCUUCGGUUGUUGGCUGAUCACACCGGCCCACCAGGUCUGGAUAAUGAUCACAGCUAUGCUGUACGAUUCAGUCAAGAGUCUCCUCCUGGGAAGAAAACUGGUUCAGUGCGGAAAUCUGGAUCAUCUCCAUCCCAACAUUGGCUCAUAAAGGCUCCUCCUCUCAGCCCAGAGAAGAGCGCCGAUAUUACUUCACGAUGUAGCCCGAGUGUCAAGGUUGUGAGGUUGGCGGUGUCUCCCACUGAAAGUGCAUCCGCUUUUUCCAUUACUGGUACAAUUAUUAAGAACCCUGAACUGAACAACCAGGAAUCUUCUAGAGAGGACAAGCAGGUGGAGCUUUUUGAAUCCAGCUCCUCAUUGCAACCGUCCCAAAGGUCUAAAAGGGUUUCUCAGAUUCGCAUCCGGAAGACUGUACCCAAACCAGACAAGAACCUCACCCCAAUGGGGCUGCCCAAACCAAAGAGAUUAAAGAAGAAGGAGUUUAGUCUGGAGGAGAUUUACACUAACAAGAAUUACAAAUCUCCAACGCCAAACAGAAGCUUGGAGACGAUCUUCGAGGAGCCAAAGGAGAAGAACGGUACGCUGGUUUGCAUUGGCAAUCAAAAACGAAAGCGAGUUUUAGAUUUCCCAGAUUUUACCCUCCCACGGAAACGCAAAGCCAAGGCCAGCCUGGGUUCUCUUCGAUUAAAGGGAUCCCGUAGAGCCAAAAAUAAAGAUGCAGACCUGAACGUCAUGCUAAUCCAGAGACUUAGUGAACUGGAGGACUACUUCUCUCGCCAAGGACUGGAGGACUAGACAAGGUUUACUUUACUAUCAACACAAUUCACAACUUGGAGAUUCUUUUCUUCUUCAUUCACCCUGUUCUGCUCAAAUCCUUAAGGGUUCUUUGGUAUGUUCCUUUGUAGGGUUUUAUGUAAAACCCGACACCAGAUGGUGUCUUUCAGAGUGACCUGGUAGAAGUAGAAGCAGUUUAGGAAGCUAAGAAACAUUAAAAUCCAAAGAACCCUUGAGGGAACUGGAUAGCAGACCUACACUGUCUAAUGUAAAAUCGUCAGCAAAUCUCAGCUUUGGUAAUUAUUUAUGCUGCCUUUGAUUUUUGUGCUUUAUGAAAAAGUAAAAUGUCACCUCUUCCUGCUUUGAAUUGAAUGACUGUAAAAUUGUUUUAUUUGCUUAAUGCCGGACCUCAUCUGUGAUGUGAAAAAUAAAGUGUAAGCUGCUAUGAUUCAAAUAAAUCUACAAAUAUUAA